GCGACUCCCACACGAAAGGACGCGCAUCGCGAACUUCACAAAAAGUUCAGAGGGGCGUCUGAGGCCCUAUCGCCCGCCCGCCCCGGGGUGAGGGAUGCGUCAGGGCUCUUUUUUUGUUCUUGUCUUUUUAUAUGAUCUGCUGCUUUUGCUACUUACUUGCUACUUACUUGCUACUUACUACUUGCUACUUGCUACUUGCUACUUAUUCAUGGCUUGCGUCUAGGCCGUUGGAUGUUCAUUUUAUGCUGCGAUAUCUGACUCGUACUAUAUAGUAUUUCGCGUCGACGACCUCGGUAUUACCUGCUGCAGCAUGUCGAAAUCUUCUGCUGCUGCUGCUGCUGCUGCUUCUCCUGCUUUGCCGCCGGUACCACUGCAGACUGCGCCGGCUAGUCCUCCUCCGACGUCGCCUGCGCCGGCUGCGAUUGAGAGCGGGAGCACGACGGAGCCAAACACGCCGCAGUCCGAGGGCGACGGCGACGGCGAUGGCGAGGCCGAUGAACAACAACAACAACAACUCUCCUCGUACACGUUCGCCCGGCUGAUCCCGCUCAACGCGGCGGCGCGCGGUGCCCUCCAGGCCACCCUUGAACUCCCGGAAUCCGAAGUCGCCUCCUACCACCAGCAGUUCAUCGGCACGACGACCUUCGACGGCGCCGUCACGCCCUGCUACGAGCUCUCCCUCAGCCAGCUCCCGCGCUUCCCACACGUCGGCUGGGUGAUUGGCAAGGGCCGGCGCAACCUGCCCAACCUCGGCGUCGACCUGCUCCUGACGCCCAGUCGCACCGACAACGUCGCCGGCGUGCACGCCCGCCUCAACUGGGUCAAGGGCGCCGGCGGCUUCUUCCUCAUCGCAGACAACAAGCGCGGCAAGAAGGUGAUGCUGAACGGCGAAAUGUUCAGCGCCGACCGCCGCACCAUCCCCUUCCAAAACGCCCUCAUGAUCGGCGAAUGCGUCUUCACCCUCGAGCACGUCCAGCGCCCACCCGACGAAGAAGAACAAUUCCAAGUCGAACUCCAAGCCUUCCUCGCCCGCUUCCACGCCGCCGACGAUCACCCCAUCGUCACCCCAACCCCGAGCGAAAACGACGCCACCUUCGGCGACUGGCGCGUCUCCUACACCAUCUCCCGCGGCACCUUCGGCAUCGUCUACAUGGUCACCCACGCCCGCACCGGCCACCCGGCCGCCGCAAAACAGAUCCUCAAAUCCGCACGCAACCGCCCCGCCGUCGACCGCGAAAUCGCAAUGGCCACCCGCAUCUCCGCCCUCGCUCACCCACACCUCGCCUCCCCCUUUGAAAUCCGCCACCACAAGUCCCGCUCCCGCGCCGAAAUCGCCCGCAUCCGCGCCCUCCUCGACGCCUCCUGGUGCCCCGAUGCCCACGGCUCCAUCACAGACGACUACAUCAUCCUCUCCCCCUUACUCACCGCCACCUUCCGCUCCCUCUACGCCUCCGCCGCCGUGCCCGCCCGCACCCGCACCGUCUUCCUCGCCCAGCUCCUCGACGCCGUCGCCUUCCUCCACGACAACGGCAUCGCCCACCGCGACGUCAAGCCCGAUAAUGUGCUCGUGCGCAGCUAUGAUCCGCCUGCCGCCAUGCUCGCGGAUUUCGGCUGCGCCGUGGCCGCGGAGAAGCGGAUUCUGUAUGAUUGGCCGGGCACCGUGCCGUAUCUUGCGCCUGAGGAGGUCGAGGGCGGGUUCCAUGGUGCCGAGGUGGAUUAUUGGGCUUGUGGGCUGGUGGGCGUGGAGGUGUUGGGGGGGCCGAGGGUUGUGCGGAGGGUGUGGCCUGGGGAGGGGCUGAGGGUGUUUUGGGAGUGGAGGAGGGAGGGGGGUGAUGGUGGUGGGGUUGGGAGUGGUGGGAUUGGGCUUGAUGGGCGUGGUGGGAGUGGUGUUGGUGGUGAUGACGAUGACGAUGAUGUUGCGGCGGCGUGUUGCAGGGCGAUGCUGCGUGUGGAUCCCCGGGCGCGCAUGACGGCGCGGGAGGCCCGGGAUCGCAUUCUGGGUGCGUUGGGGGAUGUUGGGGAGGAGGCGGCGGUGGUGGGUGCGGAGGGUGCCGUGAGUGCGGAGGGUGCAGAGGAGGAAGAGGAGGUGACACGGUCGCCUGCAGUAGAGAAGCAAGAUGGAGGACAAGGAGACACGCAGCCGGAGUCUGCACUCCCACUCCCACUCCCUCCGCACCCACAGCCACAGCCGCAGCCCCUACCGCAACCGCCGAAGAAGAAGCGCAGGAGUCAGCGUGGUGUUUCGGAGGAUUAGGAUAGGAUGGGUUGGGUUGGGUUGGGUUGGGUUGGGUUGGGUUGGAUUGCGUGGUUUGAUUUGUAGUGUGGCCUUUUGAGGGGACGUCUAGACUUCUGGACUGGGCGGAUUGGACUGCGCUGGGCGGGCUCGGAUCAAGACUCAGGAGGGAGAGUACCCCGUGUUUUGUUGAGAGUUGUGUGGUGUUUGUUGGAUGGAUGGAUGGAUGGAUGGAUGGAUAUACCAAACACCUGACUCUGGGAUCUAUGGGGCGUACGGGGUGUAUACGGGGGUGUAUACGGGGGUGUACGAAGGGGUUGAGUGGUUGUGUGUGUGUGGUUGUGUAUAUGUGGUCAUGUACUUUGUGGUUAUGUGUGUGUGUGU